AUGGCAUUGUGCUUGAAGAAUCUAGAAGAGAGAAAAGAGGAAGAAGAUGGCAACAGAAGGAGCAUAGAGCAGGCUGUAAAUGAUGUGAAGGCACAUGCUGAUAUGAUUAAACGACAGCUGUCAGAAAAAAUGACUGAGCUUCAGUUACUUCUUCGGGAGGAAGAGAGUCUGGCAAAAAUCUUCAUUGAUGAAAAGACUCAGCAAGCUCUGGGAACACAUGAUCAGCAUUUGAGGUCCUGUGAAGAACAGCUGGAAGCCCUUGAGACCUUCACACAUCGAAUCAGACAAAUACAACAGGACAGUGAUCCUAUUAAUUUGCUGGAGAAGUACACAGAAAUUGAGAAGGAAAUUAAGGAAUCCAGACGCCCAUUAGAAAAGUGGCAUCCAAUACCUCUCUCAUUUGAACACUUACUUAACCAUUAUAAACAGUUCAUCAGAGCUCUGCAGUCCAUUCUACAGAAACCAUUGGAUGCCCGGCUCAAAGAAGAUAUUUUCAGUAGCCUUAAUCCCACUGCAAAGAAGGAGCCUGGGACAGUGCUGAAAACCAUGACUCCUGUUGAUCGGUUGCUUUUCUUAAAACAUGCAAGAUCACCAACCUGGGAACAUGACAGCAUUCACCCAAGACUGAAGUUGUCGGAAGACCGUCUUGAAGUAAGCUGUAGCUGGAGGAGAAUACUCUACCCCUGUAGUCCCAAGAGAUUCGAUAAAUUAUGGCAAGUGCUAAGCAGAGAUGCAUUCCUUUCUGGGAGCCAUUACUGGGAAAUUGACCUGCAUUGUGCUGGACAGGGAUGGUGGAUUGGCGCAGCCUACCCGACCAUUGGCAGGAAAGGAGACUCUGAAGCCUGUCGACUGGGCUGGAACAGAGCAUCUUGGUGCCUUAAGAAAUUUGAUUUUGAAUACUGGGCAUUUCACAAGGGAGAGAGAAUCCCCAUCCAGGUAGAAGAUGAUCCUGAUUGCAUUGGCAUUUUUCUAGAUUAUGAAGCAGGAAUCCUUUCAUUCUACAACGUUAGCGAUGGCAUGGCUCAUUUGCACACCUUCUGCUGCAAGUUCACAGAACCAGUUUAUCCAGCCCUGAGACUCUGGGAAGGGUCCAUUAGAACAUGCAAACUAACAUAAGAAACAAAGCCUACUAGUUCAUGCUUUUUCUGCUAAUGCCAUUUCAGCAAUUUUCUACAUUAAUUCAUCUCUGUUGUAUCAAAGUUGUAAUUAUGAUGCUUUUAGAAGGUAACAUAAGUUUAGGAAAACCAACUGUUAUUUUUAAUGUGAAUGAAGGAAGGUGACCUCACUUUUAUAAAUUAUGUUGAUAUACCACUCAAAGUGCAGUAUAUAGUAUUAUUGUGCUUUUUUCAAAUUGUAACAGUAAGUUCAAGAAAAUCAACUGUAUUUUUUUAAUGUAUAUGUGUUUUUCAAUGGGGAAAGAUUAUUUGAC